GCAUUCCAGCCCGUGAGCGAGGAAUGAAACAUUGUGUUUUAUACUACACAUAACUUUACGUACUUUGACGCCACGUAAAAAUUCCAUCGUACUGCACACACGUACUUUAACGUCAGCCAGUUUCAGAUUUUCUGAUUGAUAUAAGUGGAAAUGAACAAGAAAAUCGUCACCAGAAAAACAAAAUUGGAAGAAAAUCGGUUUUCAAUUGAAAAAAAUAGUGAUUGAAAAUUGCUUUUUGAAUAAAUUAUGCAUGGGACCGUGAUUGAACAGUAGAAUAAACUGUACUCAAGCUAAGUACUACUUGAGUGAGCUUUGUGUCUAGAAAUGUUUAAAAGUUAUGCUAUAUGUCACGACCGAUUGCGGCGGCCAUUUUUCCUCCAUUGCAAUGACAAAUAGCAUAUGGCGGACCAUCAAAUAAAUCUUGUCGGAAAACUUUGCGUUUUGUAAACAAAAAGAGGUAUGUUUAUGGUAAAAUCGGAUUUUUGUAAUGUGCAAACUAGAAAAGUGACAAAAUAAAUGUGCAAAUUUUAUGGUCGAUACCCAGUUUAGUGAUUAAAUUGUUAAAAACGGACAAAGGGGUUUAUUUCUUUUUUCGAAUAAUUCAAACGGAGGCGAAACAAAACAAAAGAAGCAACAUACACUCAAAAAAAGUGCCCAAUUUCAGCUGACGCAAUUCCAAUAUAGAGAUUCCACUACCAUUUCACAAACGUGAAGAACAAAAAAAAACAACCAUCAAAUCAAUCAACACACAAAUCAAUCAAACAUCGAUGGCACUGACGUAUUAAUUUCACAAAUCGCAAAAAUGCCACAGUUAACGAAAACAAUAGCGUUGCCGCCGAUUUUUUUCGAUGCUAUUGACAAAGAGACAAAAUAUCCGGUCGAUUCAAGUUCGAUUCAUCAUCAUCGCGCGAAUGCAAUAACAGAAUGUACUACUGCUGCUGCUGCUGCUGCUGCUACUGCCACCUCCGCUGCUGUUGUUAACAACACCGAUAUUGAUAGUAGUGAUAUUGCUGUAAAUUGUGAUAGUUUCAAUACGAUAGAAAUUAAGCGAGAGACUGACGACAUUGACGAUGUUAGCAUUAUGCCAGUGCUGACCGAUGAUAUGGAUUUAUUGAGUAGCUGUGAUAUACUUACAACAAACAAUGAUGACAAGCUGCAUGCCGGAGGCAUUAAGCCGACCACCAACUUUUUAUGCCAUCGAUGUAGACAAGUGUUUAGUUCGCGCGAUGAGUUUGAAACGCACUACAAGCAAGCGUAUAAUGAAACACCAAUUUAUACUUGUCAAAUUUGUGACAAACAAAUGAAAAAUAAACGAUCAUAUCAACGUCAUUUCAAUCGUCAUUCGAGCUCGCAAAAAUUCACCUGUACGAUAUGCUCAAAAAAAUUUGCCCAGGAAAAAUUGCUGAAGAAGCAUGAAUCCGUUCAUACGACAGCCAAAUCAUGUUUGGACUGCAAAGAGGAAUUUUUCGAUUUGUACAAAUUCAAAGCGCAUCGUCGCACACAUCACACACAAACCAAGAAGCAACAACUGUAUCAAUGCACCGACUGUGGUAAAAUAAUGAAGAAUCGAAGCAGUUUGAGUAUGCACUCAAAGAUACAUAGCAACGACCGUCAGUAUGGAUGCAUGAUUUGCGAGCAAAAAUUCGUGCAAAAAAUCAACUUAAUCAAUCACCUGAAAGUGCACAAUACGACAAAAACGCACUCGUGCAACGAAUGUGGCAAAAGCUUUGUUGGACAGUCUCAGCUAUUGCGUCACUGCACCCAGCAUACGAAUAUACGAUCGUUUGAAUGUGAAAUUUGUAAAAAAUUCUACAAAACAAAGCGUGACCUGAAGCUCCAUCUAAUGGUACACUCAUCACAACGGCCGCACAAAUGUGGAAUGUGUUCGAAAACAUUCUUAAGCACAUCCAAGCUCAAGCAACAUUUGAACAUCCAUUCGGGUGAUCGCCCAUUUAAAUGCAGGCACUGCCCCAAAGAUUUUACCAACUUUCCGAAUUGGUUGAAGCACACCCGACGACGGCAUAAAGUGGAUCAUAAGACUGGCGAAAAACUGGUUGUAAUGCCCAAAUUUUUGGACAAAGCGAACAAAGCGGGUAAAAUGAAGGCGACAAAACGAUCAAAAGCAACGGAUAAUAACAAUGACAACGCAGCCGUUUCCUCGAAUACGACGAUCCAAAUGAACGAUGAAACCAAGGUAAAAGUGGAGGGAGGCAUACAAAACAGUAAUUCGGGUGAUAAUAGAUUAGCGGAUUUGACGACGAUAUCAUCAUCAUCGAUGGAUCAAGAUGUACUGUUGACACAAGCACUUGAUAAAUGUACAAUGCCAUUUGUUGUGACAAAAUCGGGCAGCGAACACUCCACCAUUACGGUCAACAAUCGAACUUUGCCAUUGAAUACGUCCGAUGAUUUAGAACGUGCCGCAUCAUUGCUAAUGCAUCAAACACUCGAUUUGGAAGAUGACUUUGAGUUUGUUAACAUCAAAUCCGAAACAUUUGAUCCCAUUGUAUCGGAUAUUACGGAUGAUUUUCAACAACAACAACAACAGCAGCAACAACAUCACCAGCAACUGGAUUCCAGUAAAUCAAUGUCAACCAAUAGUUACAAUUUAACAUCAGAUUUCUCAAAUUUUCACUACACCAGCUCCGAUUUUAUGUAUUCGUACUAUCCACAAGCGACUCAAUGUGAUUUUGCUAUGAUGCCGUUGCCACCUAUCCAAACGGUGAAACGAAAAUUGAAAGGCAUCAGUUCAUCGUCGUCCAUUUUCCCUGGCAUGACAAACGUUCUAUAAAGAUAGCAGAAGAAGAAAAAACGAACGGUUUCACCUCCAACUGGCCAAAACAGAGGAGAAAAUUGUCAAAAUUCACACAAAGCGGCAAACUAAGCAAUACCGCCAUCAUUAUUAUUGAACCUCAUCUCAUCGAGAAAAACAUUUUAUACAUCACAUUCUUUCUUUUUUAAGUAUUAAUUUUAUUUUCAUUUCUAUGUUUGUCUGAGCUACUCAGAUGCAUCACAGCCAUCGUGAUCCAUAUAGUCUCAGCCAGUUUGUGCUUGCAUGAUGACACCACACCAGCACACAUUUUUUAAAACAUUAAAAAAAAACAUUAUUUAAAAGUAAUUCUCAGCAUCAGCAUUAACAUAACAUCACCAUCAUCAGUUCGUAUAAAUAACUUCAUUAUACAAAUACGUCGUAAAUGAAUUUAUUCUUGCACACUGGCAAUCAUUUCCUAAACAGAAAUUCAUUCAGGUGUUUAUUUCUACUGUAUCUAGUUUUUUAAGCGAUUUCAUCAUCAAGAUUAUUCUUUAGAUAAGAACAUUUUAAUUGUUAAGUAUUGGUCCAUGGAAUGGACGAAUCUAUCGAUUAUUUAAAUUUCAUAUACGAAAAAGAGCUAUGUACGUACGUACGCCGUUGCCAGCGCCAAUGAUUCCACUUACCAUUGCACAAACGAUUCAAGUUGACGAACUUUUGCCACUUUUUCAUAAAAUGAUAUCAUUUGAUGCUUUUCCGUCAAUAUUUGAUUAAUUUUUAUGUCAGCAUAUGGCAUUAAUCAUGGGCAAAGGAAGAUGGAGAGGCAGCGAAAGAAUAUGAAAAGGGGAAAAUGAAUACGAAAGACGAAAGUUGUGCUAAUACGGGGGACGGGGAAGGUAGAUGGUUAAGAAAAUAAGCGAAACGAAAUUAAAGGGAAAAACAAGGGAGUGAAAACGGGGAAAAGACGUGGUAAAUGGAAAAUAAUGAAAAUCCGCUGAAAUCAUUUCAUGAAUAUUCAGUUCAACAGAGAGAGAGAGGAAAAGGCUUAUUUUCAUGUUUGUAGAGGAUGAUUGAUUUUUAUUUCGUAAAGCAGGUUGUACUUUUUGGAAUUAUAAUUUGUUAGAUAAUAAUCCCUCUCUCUAUCCCUCGCUCCCUCCAUAAACUGGAUCUGAGUAUAUUACUUAAUUGGGGAUUAAUGGAUAAAAUGAAUUUAUAAGCCAAUUCAGAAAUGAAACAGUCCCAUGUGUUUUGUUAAUUUGAAGGCAGACAGAAAACACGGUAAAAUACAUAUAAAUCGAGUAACGGUAAUCGAAUUGAGUGUGAACACUAAUCAUUUACUUAAAUCCAACUGAAUUCAACGUUUAUUGUAUGCAUAUAUUUACCUUAUAUCAAGGAAGAAGGUCUAAUCAUAAUUUCGUUGCGCCUAUUUUGAAAUUACUACCAUAGAGAAAUUGUGCCAAUAUAGAAGUAAUGUAAUAAGUAACUUAUUACUUAUUACUUUCAUUUUAUUACCGUAAUAAGAUGGACUUAUUAUUAUUACUUGUAAUAAGAUGCGUAAUAAGUAAUAAGCCCAUCUCAUUACAGUAAUAAGAUUGUAAUUGUAAUAAGAUUGUAAUAAGUAUCUUAUUACUUUUGGUGCAAAAAUUUCGUUUCUUCAAAAGUUUCAUACAAAAA